UUACCCUAAUGUCCUUAAUGUCCCUAAUAGCCCUAAUAGCUUUAAUAGCCCUAAUGUCCCUAAUUUCUAUAAUGUCCCUAAUGGCUUUAAUAGCCCUAAUAGCCCUAAUAGCCCUAAUGUCCCUAAUUUCUAUAAUGUCCCUAAUAGCCCUAAUAGCCCUAAUGGCUUUAAUAGCCCUAAUGUCCCUAAUUUCUAUAAUAUCCCUAAUAGCUUUAAUAGCCCUAAUAGCCCUAAUGGCCCUUAUGUCCCUGAUUUCUGUAAUAUCCCUAAUAGCUUUAAUAGCCCUAAUAGCUUUAAUAGCCCUAAUAGCCCUAAUAGUCCUAAUGUCCCUAAUUUCUAUAAUAUCCCUAAUGGCUUUAAUAGCCUUAAUGGCCCUAAUGUCCUUGAUUUCUAUAAUAUUCUUAAUAGCUUUAAUAGCCCUAAUAGCCCUGUUUUUCUAACUAUAAAGAUAGACCUUUUGUUAAAGCUAUAG